CUAGAUAGCUAGCUAGUUACAUAGCCACGGUAAACUUCUCCAUAUGGUUGGAAGUUUUUCACAAUAUGUCUUAACAAAUGCAUUGGCCAGGUGGUGGAUUGAGGAUAUUGAACAGAGAACAACAAAACAAAACGUUUAAGUUAACAAUUAUAGCUAUUAUAUUUCGUUAGAAUAAUUUGCUAUAUUAUAUGUAUUACUAGAUGUGAACAGUAAGAAAUAUAGAUUAGCAGAAUUAGCCAUCUGUUGCUAGCUAAUAAACUAGGCUGAACUGCAGCGACACCGGUACACUUUUAGCCAGCUGUUGUUCUUAAUCGCUUUUUGAAAACAAUAUAUAGCUUUUCUUCCUCUGUAUCGUCUGCAAAACACAUUCCGAUGAAUGCCACGGGUCUUGUGUAAUUUAUUACUCUGAAUAAUUGUGUGUGAAAAAUCUAACCUUUGCGGGGUGAAUGUAAUUUUCUUGUUAACAUUUUGUUCGGCCACCUGUACUUUACUUUUGUUGCUAGUCGAUUCUCAAUCAAACUUUAAUCAUUCUCGACAUAUUUUUUAUUUAUUUUUGUACAUUUCAGCGAACUGUUUGACUAUGAUUGACAGCCAUGUAAACCAAUGACAGGACAGAUAAAAGUUUCGUGUACACUAUCGUUGGCAUGGUGACUCGUUGAUAUUACACGAUUCUAGGAAAACGGAGGCGGGACAGUAGUUAAGCACGGGUGGAUGCACUUUCUCGGUUGUAUAUAUGGAUUUUUUUUUUGACCAGCAAUUUACGGACAAUAAUUAAAGUUUGUAAACUAUCUUUAUAUUCAUUAUAAACACAAAGACUGAAGACUAAAGGGCGACAGUGCAGUGCUAGUGAUACAAAUAACAACUUAUCAUUUGUUUCGUUAUCGUCUUAGUUUGUUAGAUACGCUUGCUAUGGCUACCUAGCUAGCUACUUGUAGCCAGCUAACGUUAACUCAGUUAGCUCUCUAUUCUCGUCCUCUCAUGCAAAACAAGCUGCUAAGCUUCGCUAGUUCUCUCUUUGACUAAGUUUAGCUCACUUGUAGGUUUAUCAGCAGUUAGCAAACACAGCGAGAGGAGAGGAGGCUCUCUUGUUGCCACGCAACUGUAUGACCCCCUGUCUUCAACACCUGUUGGAAAGGUGACCCCUGCCUGACCUGUGACAAGUCACAUCAUCCACAGAGAGUGGCACCAGCAUGGCAGGGCUGGCGUUAGAGUGGAGGGGCUGACGUCAUGCUCUCACCCUGCUGACACAUUUUUUAGAAAGCCCUCAACACUAGAACGAGAGAGGGAGAAAAAGCCUUAGAGGGAGACAGACAGCCCUUGACAGUGAAACGAGAGAGAGCGAGAGAGAGGAUAGAGAAGAAGGAGGAGAGGAGAGAUUAAGCCUCAUCAAAAGAAACAACAGUUAUCUUUCACAAUGCAUCUCAUUGACUUACCAUGCCAGUGAAGCUCAUUGAAUGGAAUUGAGAAACUCACAUGAAUAUUUUCCACCUCUCUCCUCUUCCCUGGUUGUUGUUCUAGACCCACAUUACAAUAUGUUCUCAGUCAACAUACCUGGUAGCAUAAUGGUUGGAUAAAGAACUUCAGUAAACUUACCUGGUAACAUAAUGGUUGGAUAAAUAACAUCAGUUAACUUACCUGGUAACAUAAUGGUUGGAUAAAUAACUUCAGUAAACUUACCUGGUAACGUAAUGGUUGGAUAAAUAACUUCAGUCAAUUUACCUGGUAACAUAAUGGUUGGGUAAAUAACAUCAGUUAACGUACCUGGUAACAUAAUGGUUGGAUAAAUAACAUCAGUUAACGUACCUGGUAACAUAAGGGUUGGAUAAAUAACAUCAGUCAACUUACCUGGUAACAUAAUGGUUGGAUAAAUAACUUCAGUCAACUUACCUGGUAACAUAAUGGUUGGAUAAAUAACUUCAGUCAACUUACCUGGUAACAUAAUGGUUGGAUAAAUAACUUCAGUCAACUUACCUGGUAACAUAAUGGUUGGAUAAAUAACUUCAGUCAACUUACCUGGUAGCAUAAUGGUUGGAUAAAUAACUUCAGUAAACUUACCUGGUAACAUAAUGGUUGGAUAAAUAACUUCAGUUAACGUACCUGGUAACAUAAUGGUUGGAUAAAUAACUUCAGUAAACUUACCUGGUAGCAUAAUGGUUGGAUAAAUAACUUCAGUAAAUGUACCUGGUAACAUAAGGGUUGGAUAAAUUACAUUGAAUAACAGAACAACAAGAGACAAAACAAUGUUCAGACAGACGGACACCUCGUCCAAGAGACGUCAUGGAGGACAUGGGGGUCUCACAGCCUUACCCUCGCCUCCUCAGCCCCACCAGGGUGGGCGUAUCCGGGGGGUGGAGGUGGCCCGCGGGAGGGCAGGGUAUGGGUUCACCCUCUCUGGCCAGGGCCCCUGUGUCCUCAACUGCAUUCUGAAAGGAAGUCCUGCGGACUACGUGGGUCUCCGCUCCGGUGACCACAUCCUGUCCGUGAACGACAUCAACGUCUCCAAGGCUUCGCACGAGGACGUCGUCAAGCUGAUUGGCCGAUGCACCGGGGUUCUGCUGUUGGUCGUCGCCGAGGGAGACCGGGGAGGCCGUCGUCACGGACACGGCGGCACCAACCGCAACCGUCGCCACGGAAACAAUUCGGGAAGUCCAGCCGGAGGAGCGGCAGCCGCCGCGGACUCGUGCUCCAGCGACGAGGAGUUGUGUGGUUACCAUAACAGCAGCAGCGGAGGAGGAAACAACAAAAACGUGAAGCCUGGUUCCCGUGGUAACAGCGCCAGCGGUGGAGGAGGAGGAGGGGGUGGUGGCUGGUUCAAGCCCAAGCUGGACUCUAAGACCCUGGGUAUUAACAGGGCAGAGAGGGUGGUGGCGGAGAUGCAGUCUGGAGGAAUAUUCAACAUGAUCUUUGACAACUCUUCACACUCCUCCAGCAGCUCAGAGAAAGACAGGGUCAUCGCUCCUCCUCCCCGUGCCUCGUCUUCCUCGUCUGCGUCGGCCAAGCCUGCGAGGCCCCUGUCAGAGCCAGAGUUCCCCCCGUACCAUAAGGGGAGAGGCCGUUCCCAUAGCAACCCCAACCUGCUCUCUGAGGAGGAGAUGGACAGGGUUCUAAUGGCCGACGACUCAGUGUUCCUGGACCGGUUCCAUCUGCAGGAGGCAGAGAUCCAGGUGGAGGUGGAAGGGGAGGACUUCUCCCUGGAGCCCAGUGAGGGUAUCCUGAACGUGGGCAUGAUGGUAGGGUACCUGGGCUCCAUAGAGCUGGCCUCUACAGGAGCUAGUCUGGAGAGUGACAGUCUGCAGGCCAUCAGAGGAAGCAUGAGACGACUCCGGGCUGAACAGAAGAUACACUCCCUGGUCCUCAUGAAGGUGAUGCACGAUUGUGUGCGGCUGUGCAGUGACAGGAGACAGGUUCUCGCUACCUACCCCGCCGAAAAGCUAGCCUUCAGCGCCUGUUGCCCCGACGACCGACGCUUCUUCGGACUGGUCACCAUGCAGGCCACCCAUGACGACGACGGUCGCUAUGGCAAUGGUAACCGGGAGGAAGAGGGCGGGCUGAGGACUUCCUGUCAUGUGUUCAUAGUCGACCCGGAACUCUGUCAUCACCAGGUCCAUGUGGGUGUGGCCAGGAGGUUUGGGUUUGAGUGUACUCCUGAUCCUGACACUGGAGGGUGUCUGGAGUUCCCCCCUACCUCCCAGCCUCUGCUCCAGUUUGUGUCCGCUCUCUACCGGGACAUGGGGGAGAGCAUCGAGGGGGUCCGGGCGCGGGCGUUCCUUGACCCGGACAACGACCCACAGCAGAACCACAGCACCAGUAGCAACAGCGACAGUGGCAUCGGUAACUUCCUGCCAGAUGAAAAGAGUAACCGUGUCUUAUUGGUUGACCUGGGAGGCCAUAAUCACAACCCCGGUCCACGCCACUGGGACAGCCCUCCUCCUCCCUCGGCCCCGGGCUGGAACCAAGUCCCUCCCGGUGUCGCCCCUGGCCCCCCUCCUCCUCCCCCUCCUCACCUCAACAACAGCUACCCCCCGCCUCUCCCCCCUGCCAUCCCCCCUCGAGGGGCCCACUCCUCCCAGCCCUCACUCCACCACUACCCGCCAGGGAAGAGGGGAGGAGGGGCGGAGCAGAGCCUGGCCCAGCCCCAACACCAUCAGUCUCAACGCUGGUUACCAGUCCAUGUCCUGAGAGACUGGAGACAACCAGGCCAGGCAGGACAAACGCAGGGACAAGGAGGGCUGUGUAGUGAUCAGGAGUCCUAUGCUGAGUCAACAGAUGGCUGGUCAUCAACCAACUGUAGCACCCUCCCUCCACCCAUGAACAAGAUACCCGCGGAUCGCUACAGGGCUCCACUACCAGCCGGGGACCUGCCCCUGCCUCCGCAGCCUCCCGGGCUGGCCACGCAGAAGGAUGAGUGGGCUAAGAAGCUGUUUGGGGCCGCGGCUGGAGAGAAAGGACUCAGAGAGCCCAAGCAGAAUGGGAAGAGACGCGGGAAUGGGAAAGACGGGGAGAAGAAGGCUGGUCGGUUUAGAGGUCUGACGAAGGGCUUCCCUCCUCUACCUCAACGCUCCUCGGGAAGGCGAUCCUUCGGCCGCAUUAGCCUGGCACGCUCGCUGGAUGACCUGGAGAAAACCCUGAACUGUGAGGGAGCUACGGAAGGAUCUGCCGUGGUCUCUGAUGGAGAGCUGAACAGUGUUGACCUCCAGGGCUGUGGCAGUGACAACAGUCUGAACAGUAAUGCCAGCCUACCCAGUGUCCAGUGCCAUCGACGUCACACAGAGAGACGGGUGGCCAGCUGGGCGGCCUGCUUUGAGAGACUGCUGCAGGACCCGGUCGGAGUCAGAUACUUCUCAGAGUUCCUGAAGAAGGAGUUCAGCGAGGAGAAUAUUGUGUUCUGGCAGGCCUGUGAGUUCUUCAGCCAUGUCCCCGACAACGACAAGAAACAGUUAUCUCAGAGAGCUAGACAGAUCUAUAACAGUUAUUUAUCCAGUAAGGCCACAACGCCGGUCAACAUUGACAGUCAGGCCCAGCUGGCAGACGAUAUUCUCAACGCUCCCAGACCAGACAUGUUUAAGGAACAACAACUACAGAUCUUCAACCUGAUGAAGUUUGACAGCUAUACUCGCUUCCUGAAGUCCCUCCUGUAUCAGGAAUGUAUGUUAGCGGAGGUGGAGGGGAGGCCUCUACCAGACCCCUACCACAUACCCAGCUCUCCCACCUCCAAACACAGUACCGGGUCAGAUAGAUCCACACCCAAGAAGGAGGACAAGAAGACUAAGUCGGGCCGCUCUCUGAACGAGGAGAGAGAGAAGGAUGAGUGCGGAGGAGAUAAGAAGAAAGGAAUGUUCUUUUCGUGGUCACGGAACCGGAGCUUCGGGAAAGGCCCCAAGAAACGGGAUCUGGCAGACAUCAACUACAACUUCAGUAACGGGCGUCGGGAAUCACAAGGCUCUCUGUCAUCCGGAGCCAGUCUGGAACUGGGAACGUCCGGAUCUGGAAAGAACGAGGGUGGUUCUAUGGAGAGAGACAGAGAGCGAGGCGGUGACUCUGUAACCCUGAGACAGUGUAACAUCAACCUACCAGAUGGGACAUGUUGCUCUGUGCCGGUCAGAGCUGGGUUCUCCAUCAGAGAGCUGCUCGUGGGUCUCUGUGAGAAACUCUGUAUCAACGUGGCAGCUGUAGACCUCUUCCUAGUCGGAGGGGAGAAGCCUCUGGUUCUGGAUCAGGACUGUAUGACUCUGUGCUCUCGGGACCUCAGACUGGAGAAACGGACUCUGUUCAGACUGGACUUGGUUCCUAUAAACAGGUCAGUGGGUCUGAAGGCGAAGCCCACUAAGCCGGUGACGGAGGUUCUGAGACCUGUAGUGGCCAAGUACGGCCUCCAGCUGAACGACCUGGUGGCCCGCAUUAGUGGGGAGAAGGAGCCUCUUGACCUGGGUCUCCCGAUCUCUAACCUGGAUGGACUGAGAGUGGUGCUGGAUGUAGCUGACUACACACCUGGGAAGGACAAACCGAUCGGGGCUCCGUCUAAAACCCAGGCCCCGCCCCCUACGACUAGGAACCAAUCAGCUACGGGGGAUGAGAGGGCGUCAGGGAAGCCCAGUGCGGUGCUCGGCAACGGAAACAAGCCCUCCUCCUCUGCCCGUGACGACCGCCUCUUACCCAGCAGCCACCGCAAGACGGCGGCGCCAUAUAAAGCCCCGCCCACUGAAAAGAGAAAGCAGAAAAAGAUUACUGUAGACGAAGCUGAAGAGCUCUUCCAGCUCAUAUCCAAAGCUCAGUGCAGCAGAGCAGACGACCAGCGAGGUCUGUUAGACAAGAGUGACCUGACGCUUCCCGACUUCCUCCGCCUCAGCCCUUCAUCACCACCCCUUCCUCUUCCUCCCGCCUGCGUCACCCGGCAUGGCCGCGGCGGUGGUAACCAUGACGGUAGCGACAACCACGGCUACGGGGGAAACAGACGUCACGGCAACAAGGAGGGUGGAGGCGGUGGCUCGUUCCCUUUGAACACCGGCAGCCAAUCGCAGAGCUUGGACUCCUCGCUCGGAACGGGAGGAGGAGGAGGGGGAAGACGAGCGCUCCUCCCCCCCUCCCACCACAACAGACCCCCUCCCCCGUUCCCCGGCACCACAGUCCACCGCCCCUCCCAGGGGCAGCACCACCUACGGGGUCUCCCCAGCCCAGACUGCACGGGGUCAGUACAGAUGUUACGAGAGGAGCCCCUAGCUGACCUGACCCUGGUGGGAGAAGGGGACAUCAACAGUCCUAACUCCACUCUCCUAACCCCACACCACUCCUCCUCCACUACCCAUAACCCACCACGCUUCUCCCAACACGACCUCCACAGCUCGGCCUGCUCAGGUACCUCCCCUGUGUGAACUCUGAACCCGCGGCCUUUCACCUUCGAACUGCGUUUGAUCUCCGAACUAUCCUCUCCUCUCUCUCCCGAAAUGGAACCCUGUUCCCUGUAUAGUGCACUACCCCUAAGGCUCUGGUGGAAAGUAUAUAUAGUGCACUACAUUAGACCAGAACCCUAUUCCCUACAUAGUGCACUACAUUAGACCAGAACCCUAUUCCCUACAUAGUGCACUACAUUAGACCAGAACCCUAUUCCCUACAUGGUGCACUACAUUAGACCAGAACCCUAUUCCCUACAUAGUGCACUACAUUAGACCAGAGCCCUAUUCCCUACAUAGUGCACUACAUUAGACCACUACCCCUAAGGCUCUGGUGGAAUGUAGUGUGCUAUAUAGGGAAUAUGGUUCCAUUUGUGACUCAGCCCCCCCAGUGUCUGGGAGCUGAAGUUAACCCCUUCCAGACACUGAUCCUAGAUCUGUUAUCUGUUCUGAGGAUACAUCUAGAGGAUCUAGGGGAUAUUGUAGUCAGAACACUGAUCCUAGAUCUGUGCCUAUGGGGUCCGCUUUUCUGUCUGCGUGUGAAAGGUUGUUGUUUUUUGAAGUGGGCUUGUUGCUGUGGAAACCAGUGCCUAACUUUACCCCCCCACCAACCCUGCACCCUCGGCCGUCUACAACCCUCCAAUGUACAGAUUGCAAUGAUGCACUUUAGCCAAUCAGGGGAAAGGACUGCUUUGUGUAUCUAAGCCUUGAUUUGAUUGGUUUGUUCUGUAACCUGGAGCCCCCAGAUGGUCUGUCUUUUACCACUCAGCUGAAGAGAAAUCACCUUCACUACAAUGUGUGUUCCUGGAAGAGGACAGGACUGUCUCUCUCUCUCUUUCUCUUUCUCUUUCUCUCUCUCUCUGUCUCUCUCUGUCUCUCUCUCUCUUUCUCUCUCUCUCUUUCUCUCUGUCUCUCUCUCUCUCUCUCUCUGUCUCUCCCUCUCUCUCUCUGUCUCUCUCUCUCUUUCUCUCUGUCUCUCUCUCUCUUUCUCUCUGUCUCUCUCUCUCUCUCUGUCUCUCUCUGUCUCUCUCUGUCUCUCUCUGUCUCUCUGUCUCUCUCUCUCUCUCUCUCUCACUCUGUCUCUCUCUGUCUCUCUGUCUCUCUCUCUCUCCAUCUCUCUCUUUCUCUCUCUCUCUGUCUCUCUCUUUCUCUCUGUCUCUCUCUGUCUCUCUCUCUCUCUCUCUCUCUCUCUCUAUCUCUCUCUUUCUCUCUCUCUCUCUCACUCUGUCUCUCUCUGUCUGUCUCUCUCUCUCUCUCUCUCUCUCUCUCUCUCUCUCUCUAUCUCUCUCUUUCUCUCUCUCUCUGUCUCUCUCUUUCUCUCUGUCUCUCUCUGUCUCUCUCUUUCUCUCUCUUUCUCUCUCUCUCUCUCUCUCUCUCUCUCUCUCUCUCUCUCUCUCUCUCUCUCUCUAAUCA